AUGCAAUUACACGGCCUUUUGAUUUCAACCCUAGCGGUCGUUGCGGCCAGCAGGCCCAAUAGCCGCAGCGUCCAAAGCCGGCAGUCUCCCAGUUUGAAUGUGACAUCAGCGGUCUACGAUGGCGCUUGUUUCUACCCGGCAGCCGGUGCUGACUUCCCGGAUGAUCUGUCCGAGUACUUGGGCCGAUGGUAUCAAGUCGCCGGCACACCAGCACUCUUCACAUUGGGCUGCUCGUGCAUCUUCGCCGAGUACGGCCUCAACGAUGACGGGACUGUCAGCGUGCACAAUGGAUGCCAGCUUGGUGGCCUUGAAAACUCCAUCGAGGGAUCUGCUGCACCUGUUGACACUGCUUACGCCGCCAAGGGCGCUUUCCAAGUCAGCUUCCCCAGCGUGCCUGGUGGCGGCGUGACCUGCCCGGGCCCGAACUACAUUGUACAGAAGUAUGACCCUCAUUGGGCAAUCGUCCAGUCUCCGUCGUUUGAGACCUUGUUUCUGUUGAGUCGGGAACAGCAUCCUACCGAUGCAGAUAUCAAUGCAUGGCUCGACGAGGCUGGCAAGUUAGGCACAAACUUGAGUAAAGUGCAAAAGGUCAGUCAGGAAAACUGCUUGUUCACCUAA